AAUAAAUAAAAUUUAACAAUACCUACUUAAAACUCAGAAUAGGGAAAUUAUGUCCCCAAAAAAAGGUCACAGUCGUAUACUUUUAAAUUGCGGCCUGUGUUCUUUUAAAGCAGUAAAGCAAAACGAUGAAUAUUGAAAUCGCCAAUACAACAGUUUUAUUGUGGGACAUGUUCUACUUGGGUAAUCCUCAUCGACAUAUGUACAAGGACAUCAAACACUUACCACAUAUAUACGCACAGGCUUGGCCAUACUUCUUGACUUUAUUGGUGUUAGAAAACGGAUUGCGGCUAUGGCAAAGAAAAGAAAUCCUUAGACUUAACGACAGCAUUACCUCGAUGAGCCAUGCCAUCUUGCAAGAGUGUGCCAAAUUGUUUUAUAGAGGAUCAGAACAUUGUUUAUACUUUUGGAUCUAUAACAACUAUAAGAUUUGUGAACUACCUUGGAAUUCUGUAGCUUUCUGGUACUGUUCAGCUAUUGCAGUUGAUUUCUGUUAUUAUUGGAUGCACAGAGCCAGUCAUGAAAUUCAUAUAUUCUGGGCUCAACACCAGGUUCACCACAGUUCCGAGGAAUUUAAUGUUACUGUCGGGAUAAGACAAUCGGUAUUUCAAAGUUUAGUGGGAAUCGUGUGCUACGCUCCUUUGGCUUUAUUUGUUCCACCAGUCUUGUUGUUGGUACAUCAACAGUUGAGUCUCUUAUACCAGAUUUGGAUCCACACCGAAACAAUAACAACUAUUGGACCGCUGGGUUAUGUUUUAAACACCCCGGCAUACCAUAGGGUGCAUCACGGGAGCAAUCUAUACUGUUUGGAUAAGAACUACGGAGGCGUAUUAAUUAUAUGGGACAGGAUAUUCGGAACGUUCCAAGACUUCUAUCCGAACAAGCCCAUCACGUAUGGCUUAGUAUACCAAAAAAAUUCAUUUAAUCCUCUAUCCUUGCAAUUUUUCUACAAUUUAAAUUUAUAUUAUAAAUGGAACAGUAUGAAGGGUUGGAAGAACAAACUGAGAUCGGUCAUCAAGGGACCAAGUUGGGUACCAGGUCUGUCGUGGACAGGUCACGACGGAAGGCGCGCCAGUGUUGCAGGACGUAGAAAAAAAUACGAUGUGAAGAUAUCGUAUGCGCUUAAGUCAUAUUUACUAGUUCAUUUCGUUUCAGUCGUUAAUGGCUACUUCACUUUGACAACAAUUCCUCGUUCUGAAAUUAAUAUUACGUGCAUGGCAAUUUCUACGUUUUAUGUUGUCUGGUCAUUGACGAGCAUAGGCUUGAUGUUCGAGAAGUCCUCGUGGUCAAAAUGCUUUGAAUUCUCAAGAUGCUUAACCAUGUUCGUUCAUCUAAUAUAUUUGGAACCACAACCAUUUUUGAGUGAAUUAACUGUCAUCGUAUAUCAAUCGUUAAUGGGCACUUCGGUUGUUGUUUGGGCCAUAACAUGUUUGAUGCGUUAACUUCUCCUAACUUCACCUAAAAAAAUCUAUUGUACCUUUGUUUGUGUCGUAAAAAUCUUCACUAUUAAGUCACCAACUAGUCGUCAGUCAAAAAUAAUGCGCACGUCAAUAGAAUAAUAACAUUUGGAGAACGUUUUAUUACAACUUUAGAGUCGUCCGUUUUACGUUUUGUGGUUAAUAAUAUGCGAACAAACGAAAACUUAUUUUACUUGUAGAAAAAUGAUGAAUUAUUUGACGACUUAA